AUGUCUCAUAACGGUUCACAACCAGAUCCCGCCAAGAUGCACACCGCGAGAUCGCGUGCGGGCCUCGCCCCCCAUAGAAGCACAGCAACGGCAGUCGUCGUUGCUCCAACUCUACUCCUGGCCGUGCUGCUCCACAUGAGAGCGGCGGCCAUGUCGCUGGACCGCCUCGCCCUCGAGCGCAACGGCUGCCAGCGAUCAAUCCCCGCUCCAGCCCCAGUCGGAGGUCCAUCCCAGACGGACGUCCUUGUGGACGACAUGAAGCUGACCUCGAUCCCCUCGGCGGACUCUGCCGCCGAUAUGUACAUGCUGUGCCGGAACGGGGCAGCAAUGGAGGACACCGAGCACGUGCACCGCAACUCCAUUGAAUCGGACUCGGGCUCCGAGGAUCCGGCCAGUGCCGCCUCCGACAUGCUAAUGCUGGAGAGCUCCAGUCCAGCCUUGCAGCUGGUGGAGCUGCCCAGCGUAACAGUGGCAGAGCAGGAGCAGGAGCAGGAUCAGCAGCAGCAACUGCAGCCGGAAUCUAUCGAGGAGCAUGUGGUGCUGAUGAAGCCCAGCAGCAGCCAGGAGGCCCAGCUGGAGCAGGCAGUGGACAGUGCCACCGAAGAGCAGCAGACAAGCUCCAGUUGCCGCCAUGGACGAAGCUCAGCCGGAAGCCGAGAGGAGGAGGAGCCACUGGCAGCCACUCAGGCCACGCCAGAGGAACAGGCCAUGGACGACCAGGUGCCAGAGGAGUCGGAAGUGCAGCCAGAGCAAGUGCAGCCAGCCGCUGAAGAGACUGCAGUUGAGGAGUCUCAGCAACAAGAAACAGAAUCUCAGCCAGAAGCUGAGCAGGAGGUUGAAUCCCAGCCAGAGGAGGAGGCAUCCGAGCCAGAAGUCGUAGCUCUUGAAGUUCAGCAAGACGCUGAAGCCAAGCCAGCAGAGCCAACUCAGCCAGAAACUGAAUCCCAGCCAGAAAUUCAAGCUCAACCCGAAGCUGAGUCCCAGCCAGAAGUGGAAGCCCAACCUGAAGCCCAGUCCCAGCCGGAAAUUCCAUCCGAAAUCCCAGCCGAAGUCCAGGCUGAUCAGGAGAAGGAAUCCGACAAUGAAACAGAAACCGAAACCGAGCAGGAGAAGAUCAGCGACAACGAAGUGGACACCACAGAGGCUUCCCUAAUGGAAACUCUGGCGGAGAAUAUCGAAGAAGGCCUUACCGCUGCCAUGGACAACCUGGUGCCCGAGGAACUAGCGGAGGCCACCGAAAACAAGAAUGAGGAACUGGAGCAGGAACAGGAAACUAUUUCAGAGCCAGAGGAACUUACUCCUGUCACCGAAGCUACAAUCAUCGAGGAGCAAGCAGCUCCCGAAGUUGAGCCCUUAGAGGAUAAGAAACCCGAACUCAUUUUAGCCGAUGAACCAGAGCAGGAGGCUGAGCCCGCUAAGGAAGUCCAGCCAGAGAUAGUCCCAGCAGAGGCAGCACCAGAAGAGGAAUCAAAGCCCCAAGAGGAGGAAACCAAGACAGAGGAGGCAGCUAAGCCCGAAGAGGAAGCCAAGCCAGAGGAGGAGGCUAAGCCAGAGGAGGAGGCCAAGCCUGAACCCGAACACAAGCCAGAGGAGGAAUCCCACAACAAUGACGAGAUUCAGCAAGAGAUCAAUGAGAUCAAACCUGAAGAGCCAAAUAAGAUUCCUGCUGAAAUCCCAUUGGAGAUCCCAGUUGAAAUCCCAGCUGAAGUUCCCUCCGCCAUCCCUGCUGAAAUUCCCGCUGAUAUUCCAGCUGAAGCUCCAGCCAAACUCCAAGAUGAAAUCCAAGCCGAACCCGAAGCAGAGAAGGAGAAGGAGAAGGAACCCCAAGCCAUAGCAGAGGAACCCAAGCAGCCCGAGGCUGCUUCCCUGCUGACCACCAUCAUACCCAUGGUGCUGCCCCAGCCCCAGCCCCAACCCCAGUCCCAGUCUCAGCCGCAGAUUCCAUCCCAGCCGCUCCAGGUGCAGGACAGUGUGCUCAACUAUGUGAAUGCCUCGUUCCUUACCCAACAACAGACUGAGGCGGAACUACCCAAGGCCGAGGAGGAGUCUCCGUUCAAUGCCCAUCUGCGACGCUACGAUGGCGCCCAGGUGUGGCGCAUCGUGGUGCAAACCGACAAGGACAAGCGUUUGGCCGAUGAACUGCAGAAGAAAGAGAAUCUAAUCACACUUCUCCUUAAAGAUGGCCAACUCUGGAAGGAGGUGAAGCAGGAGGUGGACUAUCUACUGAAGCCUCAAGUUCUGGCCGCUGCCGAGCGUCACAUUCGUGCGGCCAAUCUGUCCCGGAUUGUGCUCAUCGACAACCUGCAACAUGUUAUCGAAGUGGAGAAUCCGCCAGCGGAAAAGAUUGCCGAGCUUCAGAAUCGCAAGG